AUGCUCUUUUCUGCGGUCGACAGCUUGCCUCGUGCUCCACCUAUCAAAUAUCAGGCACCUUUGGGUACUCGCUGGCAGAAGGAGAAGGCCGCUGCUGCUGAAGGCGCCUUCGACUAUCCCGACGAUGCUAAGUACGUCGGCCCAUGGGUCAUUGGCGAAUGCGUCGGGAAGGGUGCCAGCGGCCAUGUCAAGAUUGCAAAGCACCGCCGGACUGGUCAGCUCGCCGCAGUGAAAAUCUUGCCGUUGCAGCCAUUUGUUAACUCCCGUGCCUCGCUCGCUGCUCAGGCAAAGUCUGACAAACAACGUCUCGGUAUCGACAGAGAAAUCAUCAUGAUGAAGCUGAUGAACCAUCCCAAUAUUAUGCGCAUAUAUGACGUCUACGAAGGCGAGAAGGAGCUGUACCUCAUACUAGAAUACGUCGAAGGCGGCGAGCUCUUUGAUUUUCUGGUCAACCGCGGCAAGCUGGCGCCGCUGGAAGCUCUGGCGUACUUCAAACAGAUUGUUUACGGUCUAAACUAUGCACACACCUUCUCUAUCAUCCACCGUGACCUCAAGCCAGAGAACAUACUUAUUCAUUCGCUAAAUCCUCCUCUCGUCAAGAUUGCAGAUUGGGGAAUGGCUGCGUUUGCUCCUCCAUCUCUACAACUGGAAACUAGCUGCGGUAGUCCUCAUUAUGCUAGCCCUGAAAUUGUGAACGGCCACAAAUACUGCGGGACUGCGACUGAUAUUUGGAGCUGUGGUGUCAUUCUCUUUGCCUUGUUGACUGGUCGGCUCCCUUUUGACGACAAGAACGUGAGGACUUUGCUCAGUAAGGUCAAACUAGGAAAGUACGACAUGCCCGCCUUUAUCGACCCCAUGGCGAAGGACCUGUUAUCGCGUAUGCUGGUCGUUGAGGUGUCAAAGAGGAUGACGAUGUGUGAUAUUUUGGCUCAUCCGUGGCUGAAGGCCGAUACGCCCGGAAUUACAUACAUAGCUGCUCCUCCCGUGUCAGAGUUGGCGAGGCCAUUGCCAUCUGCUCUUCACAUUGACCGGGAUAUUUUUGAGUCGCUUUGCGUAAUAUGGGGUCGUCAUGCUGAUCACGACAGUAUCCAGGCGGACCUCUUGAGCCCGGCUGGACAUGGUACGUUGGCGAAGGCAUUUUAUUUCUUGUUGCAGAAGCAUAGAGAGAGGACAAUGGAAGAGCACGGAAUUCUCAUGGAUAUUGACGAAGUCCUGAGCGCCAGUGGCAAGGUGGUUACGAAGCAAUAUGCGGCGCCCAAGUCAAAGAAGCCUGCUCAACAUUUGGGCGUCCGUGAUCAGAAUUGUGUCGCGGUACCGUCGUUACUGCGGUCUAACCGCGCGGCGCCCGUCCCUCCAUCUCGCAGCCCUUCCCCGAAUGCUCUUGUCAUAUCAACCGAUGUCCCCACCGAGCGCGCUCCCACCAGGGCUCAUCCCCCAUCUCCUGUUGGCCCCCGGCCACAAAAGCCUCGCCCUAGCUCAUCUUUCUUACCCAGUGGGAGGACUUCUUUAGGCGGAUCCUCUCGCUCUGCUACUGCUGCUACCCAUGCCCGACACGCGGAGUCCAGUGCUGCGACGCCUGGGCGUAUGGCCUCUCCGGUAAUUGGAGCAGCCGUUCAGCCGCUGGCCCAGAGUGCAUUCACAUCCGGCAUUCCCCGUAUUUUGCCGCCCCCUCCGAUGCGACGUGGAUCAGCACCCCUUCCCAUCGGCCCUCUAUCAGCGGCGGCUCGUACUGGCUAUCGAAAUUCUCUGGUUACUCCUCAAUCGACGACUGUCUAUACAUCUGUACCUGCGCCUACUUCUGCUACGCCUAUCCUACCUAUGAUUACUGCCCCUAGAGUACCGGAUGUCGAACUGCAGAGGACCUUUGAUCAGUAUGCCGCGACCGUCAAUAUGCAAGUCGCUUCUUGGAAUGCGGCUCGUUCCGCUAUGCAGUCCCCCGGCCCUCAAUAUUCUCUGCAAGAGCCCAUGGAUGUGGAAGGCGACACUGAGGUGGUUCGGGACGUUUCGAUCACCGACACAAGUGACAAGCAGAACACUGUGAACCCCCCUCGGUCUAGCAUGACCGUGGACGACAAAGAGAAUUGGAAUGCGGGUGUUCCGAGUCGGAAAGCACAUGUCCAUCCUGACCCUGUGCUAGCUGGAGGGGGGUUGGGCUUUGGUCAUUCAGUCCCUAUGGCUAAGGAAAUGGGAAAUUUGGUAUUUUUCGCCGAGGCGCCGCCGAAGGAAUCAACCAAAGAAAGGAGGGACAGGAAAAGUCGGCCGCCCGCACUUGAUCUUCACGGAACACCAAUUCUUCAGAAGAGAUCUACAUUUUCUAUCAUUGGAUCCCCUGGACCCGUAUCUUCGCCCACACAGCUUAUCGGCUCUCCCGUCGUAGGCGAAUUCAAGGGCUGGUUCUCGAACCUCUUUCAUUGGCGAGCACAGUCGUACAUGCUGUAUUCGAUGAACGAUCUAAUCUCCACCCGGAACGAGACAUUGCGCUUACUAGAUCAAUUUGGAAUCAUCUGGGCUCUGGAGGAAAGUCACGGCUGGCACCUGCUCAAAUGUCGUACAGAGGACAUGCAAGAUGGCUCCACAACACUACAGAAGCAGGUGCGAUUCCGCAUCGAAUUCUCAUCCGCAACCCUUCAGUCGUUCGGGCAGCCAAGCGCCACACCUCGCUUGUCGAACCUGUCUAUGUCUCCUCAGCCGAGCUCAUUCAGUGGGACAAAGUUCCGGUCGGACAGAAUGUGCGAUUUUGAUACGGCCAUCGGGCUGGUAUUAGAGAAAGGUGCGGUGUCAACGUUCAAGUUAAUUUAUCACCGCUUCCGCGCCGAGUGGAGGCUCGACUCUUUACAGUCUCCGAGGCACAGCGGAGGUACGCCAAGUAUUGAACAACGCUUCGCCGUUUAA